AUGGACCUUAGUGAAAAAUGGCCUUUGGAGGAAGGAACCUGGCUGUCUCACGCUGGAGUUCAUCAUUUUGCCAACACCAGAGGGGACAACGAGUUUGUGGAAGCCUCUCCCGCGCUCUACAGCCCGGAGGAGUUCGGUCCCCCUCCGGCCUGUUACAGUCCCAGCAGCCCCAUCCAGAUUCUGGAAGACCCCAGCUACUUUUUCCCAGACUUUCAGCUCUAUCCUGGGAGGCAUGAAGCAUCUUUGACAGUGGAGACAAACAGUGGCAUCAGAGAAAAAGUUGUUGAGGAUCCUCUCUGUAACUUCCACCCCCCGAACUUCCCGAGGAUCCCAGAGGUGGAGAUGAGAGGUUCGGAAGAUGCGGCAGCGGGAACAGUGUUACAGCGGCUGAUCCAGGAGCAACUGCGCUAUGGCACGCCGACCGAGAACAUGAACUUGCUGGCCAUUCAGCACCAGGCCACAGGGAGUGCAGGGCCAGCCCACCCCACCAACAGCUUUUCUUCCACGGAAAACCUCGCUCAAGAAGACCCACCAAUGGUCUACCAGUCAGCACGCCAGGAGCCGCAGGGUCAGGAACACCAGGUGGACAACACGGUGAUGGAGAAGCAGGUGCGGUCCGCGCAGCCUCAGCAGAACAACGAGGAGCUGCCCACCUACGAGGAGGCCAAGGCGCAGUCCCAGUUCUUCCGGGGCCAGCAGCCGCCGCCGCCGCCGCCGCCGCAGCAGCAACCGGGGGCCGUGGGGCACGGCUACUACAUGGCCGGGGGCACCAGCCAGAAGACCCGGACUGAGGGCAGGCCGACGGUGAGCCGCGCCAACAGCGGACAGGCGCACAAGGACGAGGCGCUGAAGGAACUGAAGCAGGGCCACGUCCGCUCUCUCAGCGAGAGGAUCAUGCAGCUGUCGCUGGAGAGGAAUGGCGCCAAGCAGCACCCCCCCGGCCCAGGGAACGGAAAGGCGUUCAAGGCGGGAGGGGGCCCCUCCCCAGCCCAGCCUGCAGCCAAGGUGCUGGACCCCCGAGGGCCUCCGCCCGAGUACCCCUUCAAGACCAAGCAGAUGGUGUCCCCGGUCAGCAAGACCCAGGAGCACGGGCUGUUCUACAGUGACCAGCACCCGGGGCUGCUCCAUGAGAUGGUCAAGCCGUACCCUGCGCCCCAGCCUGCGAGGACAGAAGUGGCCGUCCUGAGGUACCAGCCACCCCCAGAGUAUGGGGUAACGAGCCGCCCAUGCCAGCUUCCUUUCCCGUCCACGGCGCAGCAGCACAGCCCGGUGCCCUCGCAGAACUCCUCAGUCAGCGGGCCGCUGCACUCCGUGCCCCUGCCGCUCGCAGCUCCCAUGGCCCUGGGGGCCGCGCCGCCCCCGCCCGCCGCCUCGCCCAGCCAGCAGCUUGGCCCGGACGCGUUCGCGAUCGUGGAGCGAGCCCAGCAGAUGGUGGAGAUCCUCACGGAGGAGAACCGCGUGCUGCACCAGGAGCUGCAGGGUUACUAUGACAACGCCGACAAGCUCCACAAGUUUGAAAAAGAACUUCAGAGAAUCUCGGAAGCCUAUGAGAGCCUGGUCAAGUCUACCACCAAGCGAGAGUCGCUGGACAAAGCGAUGAGGAACAAACUCGAAGGCGAGAUUCGAAGGCUCCAUGACUUCAACAGAGACCUCCGAGAUCGACUGGAGACAGCCAACAGACAGCUGUCCAGCAGGGAGUAUGACGGACAUGAAGACAGGGCGGCCGAGGGGCUUUACGCUUCCCAGAACAAGGAAUUCCUGAAGGAAAAGGAGAAGUUAGAGAUGGAGUUGGCGGCCGUGCGGACUGCGAGUGAGGACCACCGGAGACACAUCGAGAUCCUAGACCAGGCUCUGAGCAACGCCCAGGCCAGGGUCAUCAAGCUGGAAGAGGAGCUCCGAGAGAAGCAGGCAUAUGUGGAGAAAGUCGAGAAGCUGCAGCAGGCCCUGACCCAGCUGCAGUCGGCGUGUGAGAAGCGCGAGCAGAUGGAACGGCGGCUGCGCACCUGGCUGGAGCGGGAGCUGGACGCCCUGCGGACCCAGCAGAAACACGGCAACAGCCAGCCGGCCAGCCUGCCGGAGUACAACGCCCCGGCGCUCAUGGAACUCGUGAGGGAGAAGGAGGAGCGCAUCCUGGCGCUGGAGGCCGACAUGACCAAGUGGGAGCAGAAGUACGUGGAGGAGAGCGCCAUCCGCCACUUCGCCAUGAGCGCCGCGGCCACCGCCGCCGCCGAGAGGGACACCACGAUCGUCAACCACUCAAGGAACGGCAGCUAUGGCGAGAGCUCGCUGGAGGCCCACAUCUGGCAGGAGGAGGAGGAGGUGGUGCAGGCCACCAGGAGGUGUCAGGACAUGGAGUACACUAUUAAAAAUCUCCAUGCCAAAAUCAUAGAGAAGGAUGCUAUGAUUAAGGUCCUCCAGCAGCGAUCCCGUAAAGAUGCCGGGAAGACUGACUCCUCCAGCCUGAGACCCGCCCGCUCAGUGCCAUCCAUUGCAGCAGCCACCGGGACUCACUCCCGCCAGACCUCGCUCACCAGCAGCCAGUUGGCUGAGGAGAGAAAGGAGGAGAAGACCUGGAAGGGGAGCAUAGGGCUGCUGCUGGGGAAGGAGCACCACGACCACGCGUCCACCCCCGUGCUGCCCACCCCCUCUGCCGCCGCGCUGUCCCCGCCAGCCCCUGGCAUGUCGGCCGGCAGCGCCCACGCGAAGACGGGCAGCAAGGACAGCAGCACGCAGACCGACAAGAGCGCCGAACUCUUCUGGCCCGGCGUGGCCUCCCUGCCCACGCGUAGCAGGCUCAGCGGGACCCCUUCCAACAGCCCCGUGCUGAAGCACCCAGCGGCCAAGGGCACAGCAGAGAAACUGGAGAACUCUCCCGGCCACGGAAAGUCGCCUGACCACAAAGGCCGUGUCAGCAACUUGCUCCACAAGCCCGAGUUCCCCGACGGGGAGAUGAUGGAAGUUCUCAUCUAA